GAGUCUGCUGAAAGAAGCUGAAAUAAAACGCCAACACGUUUAAAAACACAAACCAAGUAAAGCGCGUGCACCGCGACGAUUUUCGGCCAGGAUGUCUGACGCGACAGGACUCCUCCGCGACCUGGUUUUGUUCUGCACGUUCAGUUCUUACUUCUUGUUGGAACGCCGCCGAUCAGCAAAUACAAAGAGGAAGGAUGGCAACAUGGAUGUCCAGAGUGGUGGUGGCUGCGCUGAAGGAGGGCGGGCGCCUCUGUCAUGGCUAUGGAGGAAGCAUUCGCGAGGCGGGGGGCAGCAUGGGCAAGAGGGCGGUGGCGAAAGAGGAACAGUACUUUUGGGAGCAGGAAAGACGUCAGAUCGUCCAGCUACGAGAGGAACUGAGGAAAGGUCGGUUAGACUCCAAGUUGCAGUGCAAGGAUCAGCUGGAGGAGAUGGUGACACGGCAGAAGGAACAGAUAGCCGAGCACCAGCGGCGAGCACAGUAUCACAAAGAAGAGAUGGAGAUGCACCGCAAGGAAUAUGAGCACCAUCUUGAGAGAAUCGUCUACCACAACGACAAAGAACAAAAGUUACGGGAAAAGAUGAGUAAGUUACGGGAUGAUGAGGAGGACUGAAUAUUUAACUAGUUUAUUUUAUUUGUUUUUUUCAUCGUUAGUUAUGUAUUUAUAAAAAGGGUGCACGCUUUUGAGGAUUUUUUUCUUUUUUGUCUUGCAUAAUCAUGUACGAAAAGAUUUAUUUAUCUGUUAUGUUACUAAAAGGACUAUCAAAUUAGUAAAAUUAGUUUAAGGAGAAAUAAAAAAAAAGAAUAUUCCUA